AAAAGGGAGCAGCGCCCCCCCUCGACCCGGCGGCUGUUGUUGUUAAAAGCAGUAGUCGUCCUACUACUGCUACUGUUUACAGAUUCCUGCUUUCUCUCUCUUUCUCUCUUUCCCUCCCUUUCUUUCUCUCUGUCUGUCUGUCUGUCUGUCUCUCUCUCUCUCUCUCUCUCUCUCUCUCACAAAAGUAUAUCAUCGUCCUGGCGCGGCGGCGGCGGAGGAGGAGGAAUCUUCGUCCGUCAGUCAAAAAGCAGAUGUGGUUCACCAGCCAUUGCUCAUGUCCCGGACUGUUGACCAUGUUUUUGGUGAGCGAACACAGCGUUUGCAGUGCGAGGGCAUCUGUCAUGAUCUACGACGAUGUCAAUAAAAAGUGGCUGCCCUCUGGUUCCUCGACAGGUCUGUCCAAAGUACAUAUAUAUCAACAUCAGCUCAACAACACCUUUAGGGUUGUUGGCCGGAAGCUUCAGGACCACGAGGUUGUAAUAAAUUGUGCCAUAUUAAAAGGAUUAAAAUAUAAUCAAGCAACCGUAACUUUUCAUCAGUGGAGGGACAAUCGCCAGGUUUAUGGUCUAAAUUUCUCCAGUAAAGAUGAUGCAGAUGCCUUUGCAAAUGCCAUGCUCCAAGCUUUGGAGGUGCUCAAUAAUGGUGGGAAUGCUCGUCAGAUUCCUCCUCCUCCUCCCCCUCACGCAACUCCCCCAGCCCAGCAGAUGGCAGCAAUCCAGCAGCAGCAGCAGCAGCAGCAGCAACAGCAGCAGCAACAGCAGCAGCAGCAGCAGCAGCAGCAGCACCAGCCUCCGCCGCAGCCCCCAGCAAUGAUGACCCAGCCUUCCCAGCCGCACUACCACAACCAGCAUUACAACGACGAGGAUAUGGGGUACAGGUAUGCUGAUCCCCAUGUCUACAACAACCACUACGAGAAAACCUACGACAGGACCUACGACAACUUCCAGCAUUAUCAUGACACACGGACCAUGACUCGUGAAGACGUGGCUGUUAUGCAGGAGCGUUGCAUGGCUGGCCAACAAAACAUGGGAGCUCCUCCACCACCACCACCACCUGGUCACCAUCGUACAAAUUCUGCACCUAAUGCUCCACCUCCCGCGCCACCUGCCCCUCCUAUUGGUGGUCCUCCUCCUCCUCUUCCAUCUGGUGGACCUCCACCACUGCCUUCUUCAGGUCCUCCUAUACCAGCAGCUCCUCCUAUGGGAGGGCCACCUGCUCCUCCAGCUCCUCCUAUGGGUGGACCACCAAUACCACCUCCUGGUGGCCCUCCUCCACCUCCGGCACCACCAGCACCUCCCUGUGCAGGUGCCCCUCCCCCACCACCUCCACCCCCAGGAGGACUUGCCCGAUCACAGUCGUCAUCAGAUGAACCAUCUGGAAAUAGUGGUCUAGCAGCUGCUUUAGCUGGUGCAAAAUUACGUAAAACACGGGCCCCCGAUAGUGAGAGCACUGGUUCAAGCAGCUCGGGAGGCAGCAUUGGCCGAGGUUCUGGUGAGAGACCAGGUUUAGGAGGUAUGAUGUCUAUGAUGGAUGAAAUGGCUGCAACGCUAGCACGUCGUAGGGCUAAAAACAAGGAUCCUCCAUCAUCGCCGACACAAUCCCAGGAUCCACCAAGAUCAUCACAAAAGAGCCCAGGCAACACUUCUACUAAUGGAAAACCUGGCCCAGAAUCUCCCAAACCUCCUAGAAAAAGAUUUGGUUCCACAUCAGAUGAUGGUGCCCCUAAAGUCAAUGGUAUUGGUGACUCAGCAGGAGCUGGUGGUGCAUCAGCAGGAGAUUUAGAUAGAUUAAAAGAUGAAAUCAUGGAUGAAAUGAGGAAGGAACUAGAGAAAAUUAAACAAGAAAUUAUUGAUGCUGUGAAAAUGGAGUUAAAUCGAAGAUAAGUGUGAUAAGAACUGAAGAAAUGCAGAUUCAAGUAUUUGGUGGCAUUUACCAAAAAGUCAACUUUGCAGGACGUGUGAUUUAGGGACCAUUUACCUUCUGUACCAAAAAUGAAUUUUGGUGUAAUGGGGAAAAACAUUUUUAAUGCUCAUAUAUUGCAAGUAUAUAUGAAGUAAAACAAUCACAACAAUAGAAGCCUUUUUAAAAUCAGUAGUAGAAGUGCUUCAAGGUGCAAAAAUACUGCAAUGUGCUGUUCUGUGCCCCAUUUCUUUCUGUUUUACUUUUGAAGUUAAAGACUGAAUAUUUUGAAAUUGAGAGGACAGUUAUCUUAUAACUUGGGAGCGUUUUGGCUUUGUGUUACUGACGCAUUGACAGCAAUUUCAUGCUUUCAUAUGGUAUCAUCACUCAUCAGACAGUAUGCAAAGUUACUCUCAUCAGGAAUGAACUGAUAAUUAAUGAUCACAUGUUAUAAUUUAUCAAUAUUAUUUUAUUGCAUUGAAGCUAUGCUUCCAGAGACAUGUCAGGUUUUGAAAAUACUGAUGAAAUGUACAGCUCAAUUGACUUGAUGUAGUGGCAGACGUAGUGAUCAUUAAAUCAUGCUAAAUAUACUCAGUUGUGUUAAGUGUGCUGUUUGUUGAGCAAAAUGUCAGGUUGAUACUUGUCAUGAUAUUGGCUAUUUUCAUUGAAAAGUAUUCUGUCAUCUGUAUAACACCAGGUUUAAGUUUUCAUACAAAACGAUUUAAUUUUGAUUAGAGAUUUAUUUCUAGGACUGGCUUGACAGAAUGAUGCUGUACAGCCAUACCUUCAACUCAUGUGCUUUAUUAAGAAUUGUAUAUGACAGCCACACUGCCUAUCCCAAGGUCUUCACAUCAAGUUUUGUACUAGCCCUGCCCAAUUUGCACCCCCUCCCCCUCCCUCCUUUGACCCAUUGUACAUACAAUUCCUCAUUGCCCUGAAUCAGGAGGGUAUGAUGGCUCCACCCUCUUGGGGCCUAAAAGCCUUUGCAUUUAGAACAGUGUCAGUUUUCGUACUCUUGCUAGUGUUUUUUAUGCAUCAUCAUGGAAAUAUUUAUGCCACAUUAGCAUAUACCUUGAUUACAAUGGUGGAAUUCAGUUACCUUUUGUACAUACGUGUAGAUACUGUGGUGAUUGUUAGUGGUAGUGCUUCUGUGGUCUUUGCUCACCUAUGCUGCUGAACAGACUCUAGACUGGAUUUUUGAACCAUGCCCCUGCUGGGCAAUAUAGUUGAGUCAGUUGUACAGUAGUUCAUUAAGUACUUAGUGCUGAUCUUUUUUUCUAUGAAGUGUAUUCAUUAUAUGAAAAAGGUCCUGUCGGAUAUUCUUUUUGAUAAUUUUCACCAUUAUCAUCUCGUGUAAAUUUUUUUUUUCGAGUAAGAUACCAGCUGUUCUCAGUUAUAAAGGUAUGAAGUACUCCCUGUUGCCACAAGUAAACCAAAGACAUUGUCUCUAAGGUGAUCUUAGAUGAUUAUAUUACAUGGGUUUAUUAGACUUUACAUUUCUUUUACAUGAAAGUAACAGUAUUGUACUGUUAGGUCAUCUUUUGUUGCCAUAAGUUUCAUUUCAUUGAGUUGUUAUUACUUCUAAUGUUUCAGAAACAAUAUAUAAGACAGCUCUCUUACAGGUCAAAUCAUGUCAUUUACAUUUUUAUCAUUUGUAAGCAGAAGCUGUCAGUGGUAAUUAAGGGCCCAUUUAAUAUCAAUAUUUAUUGGCAGGAAUUCCAGUUAAUCUUGCACAUCUUUGGUCCUCGAUAUAUUUUUUCUAAGAAGCUGGUCUUUUGAAUUUUUACAGUAUUCCAUUUCACAAGAUUUUGUCUUUGGUUUACAGUGACAAGUUAAAAUUAAUGUAAUGUGGACAUUUGAAAAAAUAGGUGUUCAACUCGAGCAAGUGUAUUUGGGGCUCCGAUCGGUCAUUUUCAUUACGAUUGUUGAAAUUUUACUUUUUAUUUUUUUUUCUAUCAUUCCAACUCAUGUCUAGCAAGAGUAGUGAGCUUCAAAAAACAGUCUUGAAUAAUACAGAUCCUACAGGUCUGUAUACUCGACCAGACUGUCUUAAAAAUGGAAUACCAGGGUUUGUUUGGUAUCUAGUCAAGACUCCUUAAGAUCAAUUACACCAUGUUUGUCAUGGGAUGAUUACUGUAAACAAUGAUCAUUAUAUUAUAAGUGAACUUCAGCGGAGCGAAGUUGAUAUGGUGUAGUUACCUAUUAAUCUAAUGCAGUUUUUCUCUAUUAUAUUACUGAUUUCAAACAUUUUUGGAGCACAGAUGAGAAUUUUGACUAUAGGGGAUAAUUCUGUGUGGUUUGCAUUUUUUUAACAUUUGACCAAGACUUUUAAAAGUUUCCUUCAUGACAGGGAUUAUCUUUCAGCUGUAAAAUUUUGGAUCAAGUAUGUUUUUAUCAUUCUCAUGAAUGCAUUUUAUCCAAGCUUCCAGGCAUUUGUUAAAGUUUUUUUUUACUCACAACAUAUUUCUUGUUUUUAUGGUGUUUAUUAUGACAGUAUUAUUUUUCAAAUGUUCUACUGUAAUUGAUCUUUUCUAUAAAAUGAUAUUGAUGAAAAUUACAUCAUACCAGGUGAAGGAUGUCCAGUUGCUCAAAUGGAUUAUGAUUUAUCUAGUAACAUUGUAAGUUACUGUAUACCUGAAAACAUACAGAAUGUUCUGAUGGAGAGAAUCAUCCCCAUAGUUGUCAAAUAACUUAUCCAGAUGCUGUAAGGAGGUUUUAGACAAACCAACAAAGCUAUCUUUUAUAAUCUAUUUAUUGCUGCUUACAAGUUAAGUGCUUCCAUUUUCUGUAAAUUAUUGUGUUUUAUGGAUGAAGAGGAAAAUGGAAGCAGGGGAAGGUACUGAUACUUGUGUCCCCACAAGAUACUUGAAAAGUAAUUCCAUUAUUUAUUCAUUCCCAGUAGAUACUUUUUUUCUUGUAUAAAAAAGAUAAAAUAGUGCUGUAAUAUUGUGGAAAAUUGCUGGUGAUAAUAAUGUCAUACAAAAUGGCAUUUAGUAAUUUUUUAUAAGAUGCAGCAUUGCAAUAUUGGUGAAGAGCACAUUAAUUUCUAGGUGUUCUUUUUAACCACUGCAUUAGUUUUUUUCAUAUUAAAGAAAACUAUAUUCAUACACUCCCAAUAGAAUCUGAAAAUUAACAUAGACAAUGUUAAAGAUCAUACUAUAGCAAGUAUUAAGUUUUAUUAUUAGAAUGUUAAACAUUAUGUUUUAGAUACCUUAUUGGGCCAAUAAUCUUAGUCAAGGUUUAGCAGCUUAUACAGGUUUAUUUCUUUGGUUUCCAUUUAUACAUGCUGAGCAUGUAAAGAAACCAAUUUUGUUUAACAUUGGCUAAAUUGUUUAUAGUAAAUAUAUAAGGUAAUCUAAUCUGAAUCAGAAGUAUUUAUCAUCAGACUGCUGAAACUCAAGUAAGUCUCAAGUAAGUCUAACACGAAAAGAGUCAUGUAUAUUACAGUACCUAAUAAGAUUCACUUGAAAUCCCCAGUGCACACAAUGUAGUCUGUUAUCUUCAACAGUAAUAUAAGAUGAAAUUGUAAAUGGACACUAGUUUUUUGACCUAUUGACAACCUAAAAAUAAAUUUGCUCCAAGGGAGAUACAGACCAUUAUCUUUUAUACUAUAGGAAUAUCCUUCAGUGCCAACUGGAAUCAUCGCUGAACUUCCAAGAAAGUAGUUAGUGAUUAAGGGGGAUGAGUGAGAGACUACCCCUCACUCAUUCACCGAAACUAGCCACUUUCUUCAGCCACUGCCAUGUGACAUUUUGCUUAGCUCCACCAAAGUUGAUCUUGUGUAUUUCCUUGUUUUCUGAGUUUUUUCUUGGAGGUUUGAAGGAUUAGUCCCUUCUUCCCCUCCAUUUUUCAUUAUUUCCCACUAUUUUGUUUAUUAACCUUUAAAAUUUCAGCAGUAUUAAGUUGAAGGGGAGAUUGUAUUGCUAAUGAUAGGUGAUGAGGUUUCAGUCAAGUGUCAGUUACCUCUUACCUCUUUCCUUUGUCUACCCGUCUUUCCAGCUCCUUCCUUGUUCUUACUCCUCCUGAGGAGGGGGCCAGUUGUCAAAGGACAUGGGAUCAUACUCAUUCGACUAUGCAUCAUCUGUAAAGCCUGCUGCUACUGCAAUUAGUGAGGAGGGGAAGCUCUCUCCUGCCACUACCUGUCCCUUGUCGUUGAGCUCACCUCCUCCACCUCUUUCUUCCCUUCUCCCUUACGAUAGGAGGGAUAGAAGGGGUCUGACAUCUCACAUGAAGUCUUUAUUGCUCAUGAGUGCUCUUCCUUUUCGAAGGGGGCCAGAGGUUCUGUCACUUGCAUGUGAGCCUUUUAGCCUUGGGCAAGUCAGGUAUGGGUUCCCAUUACCUAACCACUUGACAUGAUGCUCUCUUGCAUAAAGCUGGGACAUGACCAUUUUGCUAUAUGCUUACAUUCACUCCUGAUGAGAACCCAAGGCUAUUGAAGUAUGUACUUAGGGGUAGUCCAGCAUUUGCCUUAGAAAAUUUAUAUGGGAGGGGAGUGGCUUUCAGAAAAAUAUAUGGGAGGGGAGUGGCUUUUCUCCUCCAAGUACCCCAGCACAGUAUUGGUACAUAGACUGUUUGGAUUGUGGCGAGCCUAACAAUGUCGAGGAAAAAAAUGCUGCUAACCUGUUGUGAACCUUAUUAAAUGAGAUUUUGACAGCCAGUCAAGAGGUAAAGAAAGUGUUCCGACUGCUGUGGUUGCAUUCUGCUCGUGGCAUUUUGGUCAGGUUAACUUCCUGAUCUGUAGAUAAGAGUUCCUAUUCUUCAGCAAUCAAGCUUAUAAUUUCCUUACAAACAUGUAGAAUGCCUUGGUGAUACUGGCCAUGACUCCUUCCACAAGAGAAAUGACUAUCAUAGGCUUCUGGUUCUCACUAUAUGGUGAAGUUUAGAUUCAACACGGGUAUGAAGGAAGAGUAGUUUUUUCCUAUUCCUCCCCUUCACUGCACGUUCAUUUUCUCUUUCCUUAGGGAAGGAACAAGAAACCCCCUCCUCAGAUUGGUGUUGGAUUCGAUAUUACCCCAUUUAGAAGUAACGAGGAGUUGGCAGUAGGGAGGGGAACAGGAAUCCCAAGUUAUCUUUUCUACCAACCGAAUAUUAUCAGCCCUAGUGGCAGCAAAGUGAACUGUAGCCUUUCCUGUGGGUGUGACUAGGCCUUUAAAUUCCUGUGUUAGGAAGUAAGAACAUUUCAACUCCAAUACGAGUAUCCUAGGCCUUUUUUCCUUCAGGAAAAGGAAUGAAGACUUCCCCACCUCUUCUGUCGUCCUCAAGCUACAACAAAGUAGGAGGGAAGGUGAAAGAAUGAGGAAAAGGGUGGUAACUGUAUGUAACAUUCCCAUUCAAAAAUGGUACAGAGACAGGAGUGGAUUCCUGGAUUUUAUGCCUCUGGGGCAGUCACCAUAGUCUUAUGAAGAGUGCUACCUUCUUCUCAGACAACACAUUGUCUUACCUUUCCCUCAUGUUCUCCAAGAUCUGUAGCCUUGCUGGCAGGGUUUAAAGGAGCAAAAAGUUGUUAGGACCCAAGAAGUUGACUUGGACUGCUGCUGGGUCUAAAAUCCUAUCCAUUGAGGAGGAUGUAUAUGGUACAUAAUCUUUUAGAUGGAAUGGCACAAGCUGUGCGGUAGUCCAUCAUAGGGUAUGUCUUCAUGCUUACAUAUUUCAAAGAAACAUGUAUAUUUGAACACCUGUCCAUGGAAAAAGUUUUCCUCUUUUUAGCUGCUACCAGGCUUUCAAUUUCAAAAUUCUGAGAUAGCUGUACUGGUACUUAUUGUUAAUUGCAUUGAAGGGAGGUUAAACAUUCUUCAGGAUUGUUUAGGGAAGGAAGGGUGGUUCUGGCCUUAGCACUUACCUCAUCUACAGGCCUACGUUCUUGGAACUAAGUAUUGCUUCCCUGCAGGUUUCCAAAACUAAUUGAUAGGAUACUCAGCAGUGCUUUCAUUACAAAACAUCUUCAGUGGGAACUUUGCCAAGCAAAGAUAAAAGUUCUGCUGUUGCUUUGCUUUGUGGCAUUUGCAGAUACACAGUGGAUGAUUUGCCACAUCAUUGGGAUGUCUGCCUGUAGGAAAUGGGCUUUAUUCUGAAUCAAAGUGCUACCAGGUGCACAAUAUUUUCCAGUUGCAUUCAGUUUGUCACGUGUAAUAGGGACAACCUCCCUUCUAAGUAAUUACUGGUAUAAAAGAUGGUUUGUAUUUCUUCAGGAACAAAUAAAUUGUUCAAGUAAUUUUUAUAGUUUCCAAGGUACACAAACCAAUCAUUUCUAUACUAAACCCACCCCAACUACUCCACUCUCUCUCCACAAUCAAUGAAUUAGUGACUAGCAGUGAUAAAUGAGUUAUUCCCUCAAUCACCCCCUUAACCACCAGUUACCAAGUUUAAUGACCAAUUCCAGCUGGUGCAGAAGGAUACAUUUAUAUAAAAGACACUGGUUUGUAUACCUAGGAAAGAUGCAAGUUACUUUUUAAAUUUUUUAAAUUUAUUUAAUGCUGGUACUGAAAGCAGGCAUUCUGCUUUUCUUCUAGGUACUGCUAUUUAUAAUAAAAAAAAAAAAAAUAGAACAAUGGCAAUUUUGAAUAGCUAAUCUUGAAAUAUAUAAACUAAUAUUUUUGUGACGAAUAUUCUAAAAGAAAAUCACAAAAAAUGGAAAUAUCUGACAUGUUUACCAUAAGCUUGUAGGAUAAACAAAAACAUUAGACAGGGAAACCCUGACCAGCCAAGAAAGUUAAAGCUAUGCUAAGGCAGAUGCAAACCUGAUCAGCUAAGAAAGUAAAAGCCAUACUUAGGCAGAUUUAAAAUUUACCGAGCGCUUGUCAACAUUUGUAAAACUUGAGUUGAAGACCAAGUAAAGCCAACUUGGGUUCAAGAUCAUCUCAUGAUAAAUGCAAAAGCAAGCAAGCAAGUCUAUAGCUAAACUCCAACUUGAAAAUUUAAUUGGAGAUUCAAAUUAGUCUCCCAAGUUAGUUCAUUUCAAGAAAACUUAAUGAAUGAGGAAGGCUGUCUCAAAAUGGUUUUUGUACAGUUUUUUUCUUCCCCAUUCCUACUCUCAUUAUUUGGUCCAGUAUCUGUAGAGAUCCAAUCUGUGCCUACCCAACUUUAGCAGACCUUUAGUCUCAAGGCAGUUUUGACCUUGAUUUCUGCGCUUGGAGUGUAAAAAAAAAAUAAUUUACAAUGGAGUUACUGCCUUGAAGUCAAUCAUUUCAUUAUAUAUCAGUUUGCAUUAAAUGUCUUAUUUCAUUGUAUAAUUUUUAUGGGUCACCAUUUACUAGCUCAUAAUGAAGUUAGGUGUAGCGACUUUCUCACAGUAAUGAAUGCUUCCUAGCUUGAAGUCUUUAUUUGGAUAAUUAAUUUACUUUCCUUGUAAUAACAUUGGAUAGAUAAAAUUCAGUUGUACAAAAAAUUGUUAAGUCUCUUGUGUGAUAGGAUGUUUAAGACAAAAAAUAUAAAACCAAAGUUGUUGUUGUCCUCAUUUUGGUAUGCUUAAAUACUUCAAUGAAGUAUAAGAACAUACUGGUUGGGGACUAGCUUUAUCUUGUACAAGCAGUGAUGGAAUUCUACUGUAUUUUACUCUAAGUGAUUCCAUAAACACUUGGUCACCUAGUCCUUAUCAUAACAUUUCUUGUUCAAUGUAGUACUGUAAUCUAUGACAGAAUUGCCUUGUUAUACAUUAGAUUUUCAUCUUACUGCUACAUUUUCUAUUUGAUAAUACUUCUGUUGCUUUUCCUUAGGAUAAAUAUAUUACAAUGUGGAUUUUCCCAAUAUUUUAUAUAUAGUUUUAAUUGUAUCCAUGGACUAUGUGUUUGUAAUAAUAAAGUUGAUCUUUGCUAUAUUGAUAUACUGUAAUUUGAAAAGACAUGUUAAAUGUUACAGGUGAUGCAGGUUAAUUAUUUCCCUACAGUGUGGGUUCUGUUCCUUUUACAGAUAUUUGUCCGAAUAAAUGCUUUUGGUGCACAAAUGUUAGUGAGACUGAAGUCAGUGAGUGGUUGACGAUACACACUUGGGCUUGUGAGGCAUUAAAUUCUAACAGCAUGGUCACACUGAGAAAUCAGCAUAGUACCCCAGUUUUGUAUUCCUGGCUUUGUCAGAACACUGGUUUUAAUUUAUGUAGAGGAUGUGACGUUCAAAAGGAAAAGUGGUCGACUGUAAAACGUUGUGGAUGAAGCACGACAAGGUUUGUGCAAUAGGUAAAUGUACGUCAAAUUUUGCCAAGGCCAGCAAAACUCAAUAUGUUAAACAGUACCGAGAAAUUAACCGAACGAACUUGGCAGUAUUAUCAGUAGCAGCAUAUCAGUGAGGGGGCACUGCUCAGUGAACUUACCUUUUGUGAUCUCAGGUAGGUGUUGGGACAUCAUUGAGGUCUGAUAGAAUUGUGAACUUGACAAAUAUAAACAAAUGAUGUGUCUAUUUUGUAAUGAACUUGAAAGUUCAAUAUUAAGCAACUUUAAAUAAAAUAUUUUUUAAUUGAUUUCACAAAAGAGCUUAAUAUAGAUGUCCCGAUAACCUCAAGUUGUAUGCUCUCCAGCUCGUGCUAGAAUACCAGUCCCAUCUUUGAUAUGUAUUCAUAUGUUCUUAAAUAAAAUAUACAAUUGUG